GCAUUAGGUCUACGUGUAAGCAUAAUCUCGAUCAAGAGCCUCUUCAAAAAUACUGUGUGUACAAUUCUUCAUUUUCAGCUUAAUCUGUUCUAGUCGUCAACAUGUCUGAAACAGAUCAAACAUACCAAUCGCCCCUGCCCAGUUCAGAUACUGUAAGUGAUAUAUUCCUAUGGAAGAAGAAGAAACAGAGUGUUCUUGUUCUUUCGAUAGCAACAGCAAUAUGGGUUUUGCUCAAAGUCUAUCGUUUCAACUUCCUGACUGUAAUUUCAUGGGCGGCGAUGUUUAUUGUUACUUCUUUGUUCGUUUGGGGCAACAUGCUUAGGUUCUUUAACAAAGAACCUCCAAAUUUGUAUGGAAUGUUGGAGGUAACUGAGGAGACGGCUUUGGGGACUGCGAAUACCAUUCGAGCAUGGAUUGAAGAAGGAAUUCGAUGGAUGUUUCGUGUGGCCGCGGAGAGAGAGUGGUUUGUAUUUGCCGGGACUGCCACAGUAUGGUUACUCUCUCGUGUAGGGAGAUACUUUGAUCUGCUCACCGUUCUUUAUACAGUGUUUGUAGAAAUGGUGAUCCUAUAUACUCCUUCAAAAUCCAAGAAGCUGGCUAAAUGUCCUUGUGGCAUGGAAUAUGGCGUGGUUAUGGGCAUGACUAUUCCUGUGAUAUAUGCGAGGUACAAGGAAAAUCUCAAGAGGAGUGAGGAGUGGGUGAAGGCACAGGCAAGAAGGUACUAUGACAUGGUGGAUGAAAAGGUAGUCAAGAAUAUAAAGAACAAGGUGACGGUCACCAAAGAGAAUUAUAAGGACAAGAAGGUAGAGUAGCUCGCUGCCGUCUCUGUAAUCUCUCGACUCUGGACCUUAACAGUCCAUCAGCUAUCUAGUGACCUGUAAAGUGAUAUCUUCUACCAUAUACUUCAUCGUUGUCUUUUCAUAGUGUAUAUAUUCAUGUAGUUCUAUCCCAUGUACAAGUAGAUUCCGUGUGACCUUGUGUAUCAUUGUCGUUGAAUGGCGAUGAUUAAUUACUGUAGUUAUUGCUUCUAUGAAUUUUGUUUUGGAAAAGAAAUUUAUUUCUUGCGUA